AUGAAUGGCUUCGGUUUCAUCGAAUACGAAGAUGCGAUGGAUGCUCGCGAUGUUGUUCCGGCGUUCCAUGGUAGUGACUUUAAAGGUGAACGGCUCACGGUGCAAUUUGCACGUGGUCCGCGCCGUAAGGAGAACUUCCCUGGCCCAACGGACCGCCCGAGCAUGCCUCGCCCCCGGCGCACGAUCUUUCGCAUGAUGGUUUCUGGACUCCCGGAAACAAGUUGGCAGGAUCUCAAAGACUUUGCGCGUCAAUCUGGUCUUGACGUUGUAUAUUCGGAAACUGGCCGUGAACUGGGUAGAGGGUUUGUUGAAUUUGAAACUGCGAAUGAUCUCAAGACUGCUAUCGACAAACUCGAUGGACGUGACUUCAAGGGCUCGAGAGUGAGCUGCGUCGCAGAUAUCCAGUCCUUUGAUGAUCGUACUUUCCGCGAUCCCUACCGGUCUCGAUCUCCUCGUCGGAGCUACCCCCCUGUGGAUGAAUACGACCGGAGAUUCCCGGCCCCUCCUCGUGGUUACAGCCCCCGUGCUCAUUACCGUGAACGUUCUCCCAUUCCGAUGCGUCGGGAUUACUAUGAUCGGGAUGGCUACGGUCGUCGCACUCCCCCUCGCCCUCGGAUUGAAGACUAUCCUGCUCCGCGUCGCCCUUAUGACGAUCCUUAUGAUGUGCGGCCGCCACCUCCGCCUCGCUACGAGGAUCCGUACAUCCCGCCUAGGCCUUAUGGACGCCCUCGGAGCCCUCCACGGGGUGAAUACGUUCCGUACGACCGUCGUGGGUACUGGUAA